ACUAGUGUAGUAGCUGUCUCAGGGGGCGGAAGGGGUGUAGGGGUCGUUCUCCCUCCUCGCUCUUACAGCCCGACCGUCUCCAGUCAAGAGCUGCCGUCCUCAUGGCGCUGGUCCGGCGCGCUGCGGUGAUGACAUAAGAGAACCUAGUUUGGUCACUGGAUCAUCUCCAUGGAAAUUCAGCUUUAGUUACAAUUGGGUGGACACACUAAAUAGCUAAGCUACAGAUUACUAGAGGGGUGGAGAAUGCUAUGACAGGACUUAACAAAGCCAAAAGUCAAGUGACUAACAAAAGGGCUGCUUUGGAAGAGAUUGGGAAUAGAGUUACAACCAGAGGAACAUAUGCAGCCAAGAAAACAGAGAGCUUCAAAGUACCUGUAAAAACUACAAAAGGAGCUACUAAACCAGCAAAUGUAACUGCACAACCUAAACCUUCAGCUGCCGUGAAUUUAACUCUAAAAGAAGAGACUGUUCCAAAGAUUCGGUCUCCAACCCCUAUGGAUGUAUCCAUGAAAGAAGAGGACCUAUGCCAAGCUUUCUCUGAUGUGCUGCUUAACAACAUAGAGGAUAUUGAUUCUGAUGAUUGGGAAAAUCCUCAACUCUGUAGUGACUAUGUAAAGGAUAUUUAUCUGUAUCUGAGGCAGCUUGAGCUGCAGCAAUCAGUACGUCCACACUACCUCAAUGGGAAGGAGAUCAAUGGGCGUAUGCGUGCAAUUCUAGUUGAUUGGCUGGUUCAGGUCCACUCAAGGUUUCAGCUCUUGCAGGAAACACUGUAUAUGUGUGUUGCGAUUAUGGACCGCUUUUUACAAAUUCACGCAGUAUCCCGUAAGAAGCUUCAGCUGGCUGGUGUUACAGCAUUGCUUCUUGCCUCAAAGUAUGAGGAGAUAUUCUCCCCUGAUAUUGCGGAUUUUGUUUACAUCACUGACAAUGCGUACUCUAGCUCUCAGAUCAGAGAGAUGGAAAUGAUGAUUCUUAAGGAGUUGAACUUUGACUUGGGACGCCCUCUACCACUUCACUUCUUAAGGAGAGCAUCAAAAGCUGGUGAGGCUGAUGCUGAGCAACAUACACUAGCAAAGUACCUGAUGGAGCUGACACUCAUAGACUAUGAUAUGAUACAUCAUCAUCCUUCAGAGAUAGCAGCUGCUGCCCUAUGCUUGUCUCAAAAGGUUCUGGGGCAAGGCGAAUGGGGUGUAAAGCAGCAGUACUACACUGGGUAUGCAGAAGACAAUCUUAUGCUAAUUAUGCAACAUAUGGCCAAGAAUGUAGUAAGAGUAAAUGAGAACUUAACAAAAUACACUGCCAUAAGGAACAAGUAUGCAAGCAGCAAACUCAUGAGGAUCAGCACAAUUCCUCAGCUGAAUUCCAAAACAGUAAAAGAUCUUGCUUCAUCUCUCUUGGGAUAAUCCUAGGUAGACCAUUCCUACUCCAUGCACUUUGUCAACAUGUGCCUAAUUGAGGCGCAACUGCUGCUUUUGUACAUAGCCUUCAAUCUUAGUACAGACACCUCAGAUUCCCCCUGAAAGCAAACUUUUAAACUUGCCCUCUAAUACUCUUGUAUAUCUAGAAAUAAAGCUCCUUUUUUAAAAAAAAA